UGAGGCUGAGUUUUGUCUGUACUUUGGAGAAUCAGUUGGUUGGUGGGAGAGCAGUUGGCCUCAGUUAUUUCCCUCAUAUACUUGACCUUUUCCCUGACCUGUUGGAUCUGGACAUACAUUGUGUGGGUCUGAAAUUGCCCACAAUAUAAAGUGGUUGAAAUUGAGCAGAACACCAUGGGCAGCCACAUGGAAGAGGACAUUCUUGAAAAGGAUUUCAGGAUGUUAACAUCUCUAGGGUGUGGUUCAUUCGGGGAGGUGAAGCUGGCCUGCCAUCUUCCCACACAUACACGAGUGGCUGUCAAGGUCCUUGAGAAAAACACCAACAGUGUGGCUGACAUCAGUACUGAAGUGAACAUCCUUCAGUCUCUGGAACACAGGAACAUCGUUCGAUUUUUUGACAUGAUUGACACACUGACAACCACUUAUCUGAUUAUGGAGUAUGUGGCAGGAGAAGAUCUUGAGAGCUGCCUUGGGGCUCUGGGCUAUCUAAAGGAGGAGGAGGCUAGAGUGAUUUUCCGGCAGGUGGUGUCAGCGGUUCACUUCCUCCACCAGAGACACAUCGCACACCGUGAUAUCAAAUUAGAAAACAUCCUAGUUGAUGCAGCAGGAAAUGCUAAGCUUUGUGACUUUGGUAUGGCAAUUGAGGUCACAGAGGGGCAGAUGUUGGAGGAGAUCUGUGGCUCCUUGCUCUAUUGGGCCCCAGAGAUCUUGGCAAGGAAACCUUAUGAUGGACUGGCAGGUGAUAUGUGGAGCUUGGGUAUCGUCCUGUAUGUCCUGGUCACAGGGCACUUUCCAUACAUGGAAGAAACCCUUGAAGGUAUGCACAGGGUCAUCACCACCACAAUGUGUCCCAUUCCCUACCAUCUGUCAAAACCCUGUCACAUCAUCAUUGCCCGACUACUCAUGAUCCCUACUUGGUACCGGUUCACAAUCUGUCAGCUUGUGGAACAACCAUGGCUGGGCCCCAUUCAACAACAUGUACUGCCUACCACCAAAGAAAUCCUGCCCAGGGUCGUGGAGACCAUGUGCACCAUAGGCUAUACCUGUGAGGAGAUUGUUUCAUCCCUAAUUCACAGUCGAGAAGAUAAUCAUGUAAUGGCUACAUGCAACAUUCUCAAAUAUCAGCUGAGUGGUGGGGACAGCCAUCAGCAAGAUCAGAUGCCCUGGUUAACUAGCAGCCCUGCAGGUCCUGUUCACUUCCCUCUUCCCUUGCCCAGGAGAGCCAGUGAACCAGCAUUUACAACCGGUACAGAAGCUAGGAAGAGUCACUUAAAGGUGGAGGUUGUGGAAGAAAGAGACAACACAUGCAGAAGCUACUCUAUGCCCUACAGACUCUCCUUCCUGGAAGCGAUGCCCUGUUCAGACAACACAGUCCCAAAAAGAGAUGAUCUUAUGGCUGACGUCAUCAACACUGCUGCAGAGAACAUUGCAGUCAACAGGAAUUCUGUUGACUCCCUGCCUGGCAAUCUCUCCUUCCCUGAAUCAGUCUUGGAUGCAACACCCAUAGGAUUUCUGAACCUGGGCUUCUCUGAAGAAGAUUCAUUCCAAGGGCCAGACAUUCCCAGUGACCAGCCCCAGGUGGCAGCCACAACAGCUGGAUCCAGGCCAUUCAGGGUCUGGAAACUGUUGAGGAAGCAAAUGUCCCAUGCACUGAGAGCACUGUGCUGCUGCUGCUGCUGCCUGCCCACCCCAAGUGUGGAAAUUGAAAUGGCCCAAAAGAAUUCCAGACCUGGUGAGGAGUGACUGCCACAGAAGUGAGCCAGAACUCAUCUCCAGUGUGCCAGCUCCCUUCAACCCAGGACAACAGGCUCCUGCCUGUAUUCAUCCUCCAGCUAUUGGGUCUGAGCUGCCACUUUGCAUCUCUUUCAGCUCAAUUCAGCUUCAGAACUGUUGUGGGACAAUUGGGGGUCAUAAGGCACUUGGACCCCAAGACCCUCUACCUUCCUAGUUUUGGUUGUGCUUGUAGGACCACGCACACUGCAUGGAAAACAGCAGCCUCUACAACCAGGAAGGACUUCAUACAAUCACAGCUGCUCAUCAUCUUGGUCACUUUAACCCGCCAACUUACUCUGUGACUGCCUUUUGGACAAAAUAGCAAGACCUGUGUAAAUCCUCUGGAGAAUGGAGAGCUGGAGUGCAGCAGGAGAAAGAUGAAGCACUAUUGGUCAGUGGAGUCCCAUCCUCCUCAGUGCUGAGAUUCCCUUGCUCUCUCCCACCUCCUGAUCCAAGAAUCUUGCAUCAUUUUCCAAUCUCUUGGAGGGAUUUAUAACUGACAUUUGACCUUACAUUAACAUUGUUCUGCUCCAAUGUGAGAAGAACACCUUCCAGGCAGGGAGCAGUUCACUGAGUUGGCAAAGGGAAAUGAACUCAACAGGGAUUCCAGGGUGCUAAUCUGUGUGAAUCAUGCACCUGAAGCUAUGGUUGAGUACAGUAAGUAUCUGUUUCUGGUAGAAGACAAGUGUCUGAAGCCUAGUCUUGAGGUGGUGAAAAGGAUCCCAUGAGGUGACAUGUGCCAGCAGUCCUGACACAGAGGGAAAGUUAUCAUUGACUUGCUCAACUGAAGAGCAAUGGGAGACUGAGAGACUGCAGAGGUAUGACAAGGGAGGAACCAGCUUCUCUGCUGUAGUUGGCCUCCAGCUCCAUUCUGACCAUCUGAUCCUGGGCUGUUAGCAAACACUGAUGGAUAUUACAGUCUUUGGCCAGAUCUUCCCAGUGGAUGAUAGCCAGCUUGUGCUGUCACUGACUUCUAAAACCCUGACCAUCUGGUGAGUCCCAAGUGCAGAGAACAAGAUCAGUCAGUUUGUUCAGAAAGAGAGAGAAAUUUUCAGUUUGUGGGUAUCACCUGGUGUCAGACUCUUUCUGCUGCAUAUCAAUGAAGGCAGGGCUGAGAAAUGGUUUAAGAUUCUGUUGAAUUAUAGAAAUGAGAGGAAAAUUUCCUGAAUCCUCAUUUUAUAUUUUACUUUUUUGAGACUGGAUCUCACUAUAUAGCCCUUACUAUCCUGACACUCUUUGUGUAGAACAAGCAACUCUCAACCUCACAGAGAUUGACCCCUUUGUCUGUCUCCUGAGUGCUGCGAUUACAGAUGUGGACUGCCAUGCCUGGCUUCAAGUACUGUAUGUAUAGCAUCAAUGGUAAAUUCCUCAAACAUGUGAGGGAAAGGAGACAUGUUCUGUGCUUCUUUCAUCCUGACUGGGUCAGGGAUUGAACUGAAGUUACUGUCAUCCAGGAUGGAUUACAAACAGCAUCAAAGUCCAAAUCUACCCUUCAGAGUAGAAGUCUAUGUCCACCAGUGAACAGAUACCUGGAGGUGAGAACUGCUGUCAUGAAUUCUUCUGGGAACACUGGUCAGUGGGCUGGAGGAGGUAUGCACUAGCUGAUACACCCUUGGAAACAAGGCACAGAGCGUGCAAAGGCUACUCUCUAAUCCUUUUUCACAGGAUCCCCACCUGAAGUCCAGGCACAAAUCCCAUGACCUCAACCUGACCAAUCAGGAGAGUCCAGAUUGGCUACCUGGUCUGAUGGAUUGAGUUCUUUCCAUUUGAGCCAUGUGAUCACAGCUGAGGACUCAAGGAAAGUGACAGCAAGCUGGAGGAAAAUGGGUACCACUUUGGAUAGAAUGCUGGGACAUUGCUCCACUUUGGAAGUGCCUGGCCAUAUCCUGAAUCCUGGACCCUGAGAACUCCUGACCUGAGUAUGUGCACACUGAGCAUUAGUGACAUUGAGGAAAAAGAGCGCCUCUCUCCACUUCUUCCUAGCAGACUAGCAUGCCAUUGUCUGAGCUCCAGAGGAACUCAGAGGCUCCACACAGCAACAGGAGGACAUGCUGUAGAGGACGAUGACAUGGUUUCUCUGCCACCAUCCAACUACAGACAAUGACCCCAAAUUACCAACAAGAUCUGGGGAAUCUACAGGAAUGUCUCCCUGUGAAAACCUCCCAAUAACAAAGAAAACCUGCCUGAGCAGGUAAAGAAAUAUCUCAGAAGAACCUUGGGAAUUAAAUAUGCUUCUCUUUCUGAAUUCAAGAGAGGAUCUCCAGAGAAGGGUAGUACCCAUGGACAACCUGUCCCAGGCCUCCACUAACAUGAAGAGGCAGAACUUGAGGUCAUAUAUUUGUCCCAUUUCUCACUGGUUUAGGCAGAAACAAUUUACAAAGAAAUACUGAAGUAUUUCAUUAGAAUUCCAACAUAAUUUCUAUAAAUUAACAUUUAGAAUGCAUUGACACCUGGAGGAGAGAAAUCCAAACAAUAUGAGUUCUCAGGUUCUACCAGUUGUUAUUCUAAAGGUGACAGAUGUUUGAACUUCAUCUAUAUACUCAGCAAAAUCCAGUCUGAUGCUCAAACACAAGAUGUAACAGUCAACAAGACCUAAACCUAAGAGACAUGGCAGAGGACAGGAGAGAUCCCUCCAGACCCCCAUCUUCUUCUUCCAGGACUUCCCACAAAGCCUCAGAGAUCCACAAAGACCUACACGGAAGUAAUGGAGACUGGAUACGUGGAACAGAGCAGAAAGCUCAGAAACAGACCCAUCGAAAUCCUGCCAGCUGAUUUUUUUCAUUGUCACCCAUGGAAAUCAAGACAGAGAGAAUGGCUUGUCCACAAAUGACUGCAGAAGAAGUUUUAAAAAUAAGCAAUAAGGAAUCUAUUGAAAAACUGAACACAGUCAGCAUUUCAAUUGACCUCAAAUACAAACACUAUAAUGCUCACAUAAAGUUAUAGAAGAGGACUACUAAGUCCCUGCCUUAUGGAACAGAAGAUCAGAAAUAAGCCGGAGAAGAUGAACUGUGGACUUGGGAGCCCUAAUUCCAACAGUCAUGAAAAUACAGAAGCUGGAGCAUGGCAAGGGCAGGACACUCCCCCAGGACAUCUAGAGAGAGCUUGGCCCAUGACACACUCUGGCAGACAACAAAUCCCUGACAGUGAACGUUGUGUGGCUAUGAGGAGGUGGAUGUGUCGUGUGUGCUGUGUGGUGUGAGGAUGGCUGAAACCUAUCACAUCAUGUGGGAUGGAGAUGAGCUGUCCAGAUGAUCUGAUAACAGCACUGUAUUGAUGGUCCAGUCAGCUGGAGAAAGCAGCAGGGCUGACACCUAGAUACUCACAUGUGCUACCCAUGCCCCUCCCCUUGUUAACAACAUACAUACAGUGUGAAUGUAAGGACAUGAAUGACUCCCCUCACCCACAUUCACCACAUACUUCUCUAGGUAUUAGGCCUAGAUAUUCAACUCCCUCUGCUGUCCCACACACAAUGCUAGAUUCUAGAUCAUGCUAGACAUGCCUCUAACCACCGUGUACUAAGACAUGGGGAAAGGUAUCAGGCCCUGUUGGACACUUGACCUCCUGACAAGGACACACAGUUACUGCUUGGUUCAAACACUCCUGGAAUCUUCCUGCACUGACAUACAACACUUGGUAUAAUGCAGCGUGUGACACUACAGCCAUGCCACCUCACUUGUACUACCAACUGUCAGACCAUGACAAUCUCUACAUCACACACACACACACACACACACACACACACACACACACACACACACUCACACACCCUCUAAUACACUUCUAAGUAUUGGGCCAUGCAUGACUUCCUACCAAACCACACAUUGACUGCUAGAUAUCAGGUUUUGCUAAACAAAUACUCUCAUAUAUCUAUCAUUUAUUCCUAGGUCUGGAUCCAGAAUGUAACCCACACAAUCCUUUAUUAACAGCUACUUAUCAGGUCAUACAGGAUACUAUCUUGCCACUAUACCAAAAUACUCUGCUAGUAUUGGUCCCCAGUUGACACCCUAAUAUCACUGAAAUUCCACAUACACUGCUAGGAUUCACACCCUCUUGAAUAUCACACACAACCACUAUAAUCUACAAUUAUAGCAUCAGUGCCCAAAGGAUAUCACAUUUAAUCAACUGAUAUAUCCCUGAUGGAUAUCAGACUGAUGGGCAUUCCAAACUCCAUGGCAACUCCUACAAGGCUAGCUGAAGGCCCUGGAAUGCACACAUCACCCUGUAGCUGCCUCACAUGUACUGCUAGCUGUCAGGUUCUGCUGGCUCCCUCAGUGCCUCACACACACUCUGAAGUGUCAAGCACACUCGGACAUCACAUUGCACACUGCCAAUGUACUUCAAAAUGUGAUCAGACCUUGACGGACACCUGCUCAGCCAUGAGCUGACACACACUCAGUAGGGAUUGUGCAGAGCUCGACACCCCAUCCUUCCUCUGCUCCCCUCUGACAUACAGUUAGCAUCAAACACACUGGACACACCAUCACCCCUGUGACCACACAUCUACUCUAGGUACCAGGUCCAGUUUGACCUCACACCCCACAUUAAUCAACAGCCAUCAGACCAUGUGGAGAACAUUCCCCCUGUCAGGUCUUGCGCAAUACCUAGCAAUUAGCAUUAAUGGACACCCUGCUUCUGCCUAAGACACACCCACACUGCUAGGCAUCAGCUUCUACUGGACUCCUUCCUAUGCGAUACCAUGUGCUGGGUCUCAAGCUCUACUGCUAGUUACUGGGCCAUGUUGGACAUUAACGCCUGUCCAAACCACAGUGCAUAUAAAGUGCUGUGUGUUAGGUUCACUUGAACACAAGCUUCAUCACACAUGACUUGCUAGGUACCAGACAAUGUUGACACACACCCUUACCCCCUAUAUACACCACUGGCCCAGUGAACACUGCAAUUUUAAGGCUCUUCUAGACACCUCCAUCACUGACAUAUCAAGUUUCUUGCUAUCAGACACUACCACUCUGUGAAGAUUUCAGUCAUGUAUAUUGAAGUAUAUUGUAUGCAUAUACAAUAAUUGGCUUCAAGUCUUACCCAAAAUAGCACCAUUCUGCUGACAACAUACACUACCAGACAGGGUCAUGGGUCUAAGCACAGCUGAAAAUUAGCAGGGUUAUUGUGGCAGCAGGAUGGGUGAAGGAAGAGAAACUUAUUAGAUGAGGCCGUUAUCAUGCACAAUAUCCGGGUUAGGACUGGGGAGUCCUGAGGAUGUGAUACACAGUAGGGCAUCCAGGCCUCAGGCAGGUGUGCAGCAAAGCCUGAAACCAAGCAGUGUGUUUCAGGCUAUAGUGAUAGGGGUAGGAGUGUCCAGCCACCUGAUAACGAGUGGUACAUGGGUGGGUUUGGCAUUAGGACUGGGGGGCAGUAGCUAUCAAGGCUUGUUGUGGGGGCAGCCCCUGAUAGUUGGAUGAGUCUGUGGGAGAAGCAAGGGGAUUCUCUAUAGUGUGUCUUAUGAACACAAGGGUGUAUGUUGGGUGGCAGCAGUUGGGAGCUGUCUGGAUCCAUUAGGACAUCUAGCAGUCUAUGUAGGAAACCAGGGGGGUUUGCAGCCAUGCCUGUUCAAUAGUAAUAUAUGUGGAGCAGUGCUAAAGAUGAUGAUGUUAUAAGGAAAAGUGUGUGCGUGUGUGUGAUUGAACUUGUUGUGAGUGGUCAGAGAGUGUGCUGCAUUGUCAUGGGGAUAGCUGUCUUAGAGAAAAUGAGUCAGUGACUAGGCAAAUAGAAGCCCAGGGUCAGUAUAUUAUUAAUGAAGUUGAUCAGAGAAAGUAUCUUCAAGACAUGGACUUGAGAGAUUUGGAAGAGUAAGCAUAGAAAACAUGAAAUGUGAGGCUUGAUGAAUACAGGCCUCGGGGAAGAAUUUGACUUAAUUUUUACUGUACCAAGAAGCCAAGUUUUCUCUUUGCCAACACCACUAGGUAUCAUCGUCUCUAAGGUGUCCCCACACUUAAAACCCACCUCCACAUUGCUAGGUGUCAGCUUCUACACUGAAAAAUGUCUUCUACAGCAGGUGCCAAACAUACAUGCCUAGGAGCGAGGUCCAGCAGGUCAACUGUCCAUUAAAGAAAAUGCUCCUCUCAUACAGUUGGGUAGCUUGUCCUACACAAGAUCAAUGAUGCAAUGGCUAAAGCCCCAUGCACAGGGCUGGGUAUCUGGUGUUUCUAAGGAUCCCCUUACCUACAGCAGCAGAAGCCAUAAACAGACGCCCACAUACUAUGACACAAGUGUCAGGGGCCAGUAUUUAUCUCUUCCCAUAGAACCACAUAUACAUUCAUGGUUAGGUCACAUUCCUGAUAGGAAUCGCCUCAACUACAUCAGUGCAACACACCCAGAACUAGGCAUCAGAUCCUACUGGGCACCUCUUACCCUACAUCCAAAGGACCACACAGUUACACAGCUAGUUUUCUAGUACUGGUACCCUUCCCCCAUAGUCAAAUGCCUUGUACACAGCCACAUAUUCACAAACACACUCAGGCACACAUGCUUGUAUGAUCCCAUGCACGUGCUCAUGCACUGUCAUCUAGCUGUCAUGUCAACAAGGUCUCCCCCAUUCAGCCAAAGCCCUGUUUACACACAGUUGUCAAAGUGCUGCCCUUCUGGGUGUCCAUCCCCUGCAGCCAAAUACAUACACAGAGACAGACAGAGAGACAGAGACAAAGAGACAGAGAGACACAGAGUCUGAGGUCAGGUACUGCUGUUCCUACUCCAUAACAAACAAAGCUGUCUACUCAGGGCUAGGUGUCGGGUCCUGAUACCUACCUCUUUUUCUAUAUUCAUAGUGCAAUAUUCUUACACAGCUAAUUUACCAAUAUUCCUCGUCCCCUAUAAUCAAAUGCUAGGUACACACUCACACACUCAGAAACACACUCAGGCAUGCAUGCUCCUAUAAAUGCCUUCACAAACUCAAUACACUCUCAGCUAGCUAUCAGGUCCUAGAAGAUAGACACCACACACCACAUAUACUUCUAGGUGUUAAGUCCUGUGAGGUAGAGGUAUCAGCCAUAAAAAAAGCAACCCCAAAUACAACUCUAGGUGUUAGGUAUGGUGAGGUGUCCCACAUAGAGCCAAAGUCCUAUUUACACACAGCCAACAAGGUGCUUCUGCUGCUAGGUGUCCAUUACUAAAACCAAUCUCUCUGUCUCUUUCUCUCCCCUCUCCCCCUGCAUCCCCUCCCUCUGUCACAUACACAUACAUGUAUAUGUGUACAUCUAAGGCCCUGUACUGUUAGGUAUACAUUUGCCUAGAGCCAAAGACUCCCAAUACAUGCAAUUUGACUGAACUUUCAGGGUUAUUGUCUCCAUAAUAGGCAAAUCCACCCCCUCAUCAACACACAAUACACACACACACACACACACACACACACACACACACACACACAAGUGCAGUUACAUGGCAGGAUCUGUUGGAUUUACAGCUUCCGUA